AUGGCCGGCUUUCGUGCAGUCGCCGGCAGCCGUGCGCGGGGCGGCUGUCCGCACGCGAGCCGCAUCGCUCAGCCGGCGGCCGGGCCGGGCGGCCCGCAGAAUAAAUGCGGCGCCGGCCACCUGCUUAUCUCGAAGGACGGCCCGGCGAGGCGAGAGGCGAGGAAGCGAAAGGCUGGGCGCGCAGGUGCCGCCCCCGCUGAAUACGGGAUCCGCGCGGCUUAUUCCCAUGCCGCGCCCGCGAGCUCAGCCGCCGAGGACGCCGUGACUGCGGCGCCGCACGACGAGACGCCCUUGAAUGACACUAUGCCCACAACCACCACCACCACCACCACCACCACCACCACCACCGACGUCGUACCAGAGGCGUCGGUUCCGGACGCCGCCCGCAUGACCGAAGGUACUGUCCCGAGCCCUUCGACGGGAGCGGACAAACGGACGCGGAAACAACGGUCGCCGAAGCGUCAUAAGAAACACCGCCUCUCGACGGAAGACGACCAACAGGCCGGAGACAGGCAGCACGCUGCCGACGCCGUCUCUGACGCGUCGUUGCCAGCGGAAUCUACCAGCACCGCCCCACAGCAGGUAUCCGACACCACGGACACGACGGUGGCCUCACCCAGCCCAGACGUUCCCAUGACUGAAGCCCCUCAGGACAAAGACCAGGUGAUGGAGCACAACGCUCGUGACGGAGCGUCGUCACCGACCCCUUCCCCGCUCGGUGACUGGGCUGCUGAAAGGGAGGCAGAAGACGCACAAGACACUCUUGUCACACCUUCGCCCCACGGGACCGGCCCCCCACAUGGGAAGAGCCUAACACCCGAAGAACGGCCGCAUUAA